UUCUGGUUUAGAGGCAGAUGUCAACGUCAUUGGAUGAUUGUUUUCAAAUUUCAAUUCUUUGAUCUUUCGUACAUACGUCAAGUUCCAGGAUAGGCGUAUUCCGGUUCAGCGCUGAGCAAUUUUUAUUAAUUUUAAAUUGUUUAACUCGACCGGGAUAUACUAAUAAUGGCGGCCGCCGUAGUAGCAGGAAAAGACAUUGAGAAGCCCCAGGCUGAAGUUUCCCCAGUACAUCGCAUCCGUAUUACUUUGACAUCUAGAAAUGUGCGGUCCCUUGAAAAGGUCUGCUCGGAUCUAAUUAAUGGUGCGAAAAAGCAAAAGUUGCGUGUUAAGGGUCCAGUCCGUAUGCCAACCAAGAUCCUCAGAAUAACAACAAGGAAGACACCUUGCGGUGAAGGUUCCAAAACAUGGGACAGGUUCCAAAUGCGGAUACAUAAAAGGGUCAUAGAUCUUCACUCGCCAUCGGAGAUUGUGAAACAGAUUACUUCCAUCAAUAUUGAGCCAGGUGUCGAAGUUGAAGUGACCAUCGCUGAUGCAUAGGCACAGCUGCCAAUAAAAGAUUUGUAAUUGA